GCUCACAGUAUUCACAACUGACUUCACAAAUAUUCAACAAACGUAGAGAAACGUAAACAAACGAUAAACACCAAUAAGCCCAUCAUGCUUCUGAACUUAUGCAGCAAGGUUGCCUUCACUGGCGCCAAGCAAAAAAUACAGAAUAUAAAUAGAGAUGAUACAAAAGAGAAUCAACAGCGCCGAACUCCGAAUGCAAAAAUGACUAUACGCCCAAUCAAAUCAUCUUUACGAAAUGGACACAAAACUUAUCAAUGUCCAUUGAAAGUGGUCCCAGUUGGUGCAAAUGUUGAGAGCAGGCUGAACGAUAAUAUUAUCAACUUGACUGAUCCAUCAAUGAUUCAGCUGAGUGAAGCCAUACAAGCCGCAAAACUUACUGGCAAACGUAUUUUAGUUAGUGGCAAAGACUUAAACACAGACGAGGCUAAGCACCAAAUGCCGCAGCCGCAAGCUUAUGCUGCUCAAUCCCAAUUUGAGGCCAACAUGAGUCGCUUAUUGAAACACAGAUAUGCCCAGAAGCCGAACAUUGACGUCAAGUUACACAGUUUUACGGCGGCAGAUCAAGAAUUGAUGUGCCGUUCACGUUCGGCCGAUGACAUUCACCAUAGAGGAGCGCGAUCCUUUGACAUGCCAGAGUCAUCAGUGAUGAGAGUACGCUCGGAGCAUCGGGUGAUAUCUUUCCGUGAAAUAUACAGUGAUGACAGUGACUGUGAAUCAUUGUCGGAAUCAGAGGGCUCAAUGGGCGAUAUGACGCCUUUCACAUUCCUCAAUAAUAUGCCGCUUGAGUGCCCUUCGUCCAAGAUAUCAACUGUAAAAUACCUGACAGUCUCUGUUAAGUCACAAGAAUGGAAUUUCCCACAAACUGCGCUACUAUGUUAUAUGAUUAAUCUCGUUCACUUGGUUUUUGUGAUUGCCUGCCUGCGCGGAAUGUUUUAAUGGGUUAUGGGAACUCCAAGUUGCAAAUACCGAUAGCUAAAUUCCUAAAGUUAUUUUCUCAUGUUAUAUAAAAUUGUAAUAUUUGGUAACUAAAUUCCUACCCCCCCCCAACGCCCCCUUUAUUUGUAAAUUCAAUUGUUUGAUAGCUGAUUAAAAACGUUGUAAG